AUGAGCCCAUCAACCUGCCCAUACUGCGGCCACGACCUAACCGCACCGCCGUCCGCCUCGUCCAUCAAGGCCCAGUGGCCCGACGUCAAGCCGGACCAAAAGCUGGACAGGUCCGUGGCGCGCUGCUACCAGUGCGACCUGGCAAAGGCCCAUCUCGCGUACCGUAUUGAGGCCCACCACGGCGGCCGCAGGAGCUUUGAGGCCGUCCGGUCCUACUUUGCCAUCUGGGGGAAGCGCGAUCACACAAACACGCUGACCAAGAUAUCUCGCUCAUAG